AUGACGACGACGAUGGUUUCCUCCUCCGCCGCCUCCGCCUCCUUUACAAACGCGACCAAAACGAGCAGUUCGUGUUUUUCUUCUCGAUGUCUCUCGCGUCGUCGUCCGAGGCGUUUUUCUCGUCGUCGUCGCUCUCGCAAAUGUGAAAAGACGACGACGAAUGCAUCGACGACGCAAAAAUCAUCGUCGUCGUCCUCAGAGAAAGAUGAUGAUGAUGAUUCGAACGAGAAAGCAACAGCAUCGACGGGCGCAGCGACGACGACGAGCCGGAGAACCGCGCUCUUAUCUCUCGGGGUGGUAGUCGUUUCCUCUUCUACUACUAAUAUUGAAGCGGCGAACGCGGGAGAGAUGAUGGUGAUUGACUCUCGAACGUUCGUGUCGCGAGCGAUGCAAAAGUUUGAGCGAAACGACGUGGAAGGCGCGACGAUGGAUUUUGACAUGCUCAUUGAAAAGUCACCCGGGUCGAAGCCGUAUUUGUGGCAACGCGGGAUAGCUUUGUAUUACGUGGACGAGUUUCGGGAAGCGGAGAAGCAGUUUCGCGAGGACGUGAGAGUCAAUCCGAACGAUACCGAGGAAGCGGCGUGGGCGUUUUUGUCGCAGAUGAGAAAAGGAGGAGAGGAUGACGCGUCUUCUUCCUCUUCGUUGAAGAAAGCGAGGGGGGAGUUCGUCGAGUUGGCGGGGAGAGAUAGUCGUAAAGUGAUGGGUUCGGUUUUACGACUAUACAAAACUGGCGACGAAGAGGCGAAGAAAACGUUAGAGUCUUUAUCAAAGAAACCGGCGGAUUCGACGCAAAGCGCCAGCGACGCUUUCUACGCGUCGUUGUAUUUAGGAUUGUAUAGCGAAGCGCUUGGGAAUGCGGAAGAGGCGAAGUAUUGGGUGAAAAAAGCCAACGGUACGCCGUACGGGCAAAGAGCGAGCGGGGACUUUAUGACUUCGGUGGCCAAAAACGACGGGAGGAAACGUUGA